AUGGCCUACCGUCUCAUUACCCAGGUAGUCUUCGUCGGCUCCCGCAUCAUCGGUCGUUCCUUCGCCGCCGCCUACAAGCAGGCGCAGGCGUCAUCCGAGUACCAACGCGCGCAGGCCAAGAGCGGUAACGGCGCCGCUACGGCCAAGUCCAACGGCGUGGCCGGCAUGACCAUCGACGAGGCAUGCAAGAUUCUCAACGUCGACGCGCCCAAGGAUGGUGCGUCCAAUGCUGGCGAAGUGAUGGAGCGCUUCAAGCGGCUCUUCGACGCCAACGAUCCCAAGAAGGGCGGCAGCUUCUACCUGCAGAGCAAAAUCCUGCGGGCGCGCGAGAGGUUGGAGAAGGAGAUUGGGCCGAUUGUCGAGAAGGAGGAGAUCGACGCCGAAGUCAAAGAAGGGUUCAAGCCCAAGAUUUACAAGGACCGGUGA